UCAUGGUAGCACCUAAGGUUUGGUAGCACUAGAUAUUUUCCCGUGUCGAGUCGUCCAUCUCUAUCUCUAGACACUAUGAUAUGUGGUACUCACAACCUCUGUAGACCCUUAUGCUUACUUUAUUUUGUUUUAUGGGGUCUUCUAUGUAAGAUUGUUUGUAUUGGAUGCAUAUACGAGUGCAUACUCCAUAAAAAGAAUUUGCAAAAGAAAUCAGUAGAUGGAAAUCCCCAGAAUGCCCCUGGGGUUCAGGGUGGCCACCUGAAAGCAGCACGGCAAAAGCAGCCGUGACUCCACCUGACCAACCACCGCCGGUGAACAUUCGACUUAAAGCCAAAGCCUUUAAAGCCCCCACCCCCGUCUCUCUCCACCACCCCAAAGCCAAAGCUCUUCUCCCUCUCCCUCCCCAGUCCAGUCAAGGCCAAGCGAGGCGCCACUCUCAAGGACAAAAGACAAAAACUCUCUUUCCCUUGCUCACAUACUCCAUUGCCGUCUAGUACCAGCAGAACCCCAGCAGUUCACUCCACUCCUUGUCCUGGUACCACCAGGACGAAGCUGGCCGUGCGUUGAUCCAUGAGGCGCCUCGUGUUCGCGGAGCUGGUGGUCCUCCUCGCCGCGGCGCUCCUGCUCCCCGUCGUCAUCUGCUGCCGGCGCUGGAGCGGCGGCGUCGCGCGGCCGCUGCCCGUCUCGGAGCAGCCGGGCGCCGGCGCCAGCAGGAAGGAGCGCCGCGUGGAGCGGCUGAGGCGGGCGCUCCACGCCCUGCGCGUCUGGUGCCGCCGCUCCCGCGUCGAGCCGGCGGCCUCUGCCUCCGCGUCCGCGUCUCCGUCUCCCUCCCCGGACGACGGCGCGCAGGCGCAGCGGGAGGUUCAGCUGGAGCGGUUGGCCCCGGCGGCGGCGGGGCCCGAGGAGGAGGGCGUGGCGGCGUGGCGUGAGCGCUGGUUUGGGCCGACGGGGUCGCGCGCGCUCUACACCAUCGAGGAGGCGUCGGAGACGGAGGGCGACGUGGAGAGCCAGCACGGCGCCGAGCCCGAGACGCCGUUCUACACGCCGCCGGCCUCGCCGGCGCACGACGCGGAGCAGCCUGAGCUCGGCGAGAGCAGUUAGUUAGCCGGCGACGCGCCACUCGUUCCCUGUCUGUCAUAGAUUCGACAAUUUUCUUUGGGUUCUUUCGCGCAGCAGUAGAAGCAGCGGCUGUAAGCAAAGCAAAGCGUGCGUGAUAGGUCUGGGUGGUCGGCAAUUCUUUCCCCUCCUUGUUUCCGGAGGGAGGAGUGGAUGGAUAUGCAUGCAGAUUAAUACAUACAGACGGUUCAUCUUUC